GCUGCUACCGCCUGCCUCCCGCCGGCUGCCACGAAAACCCGGAACAGCUGCGUGAGCGCCUGGCAAGUCCUCCUAGGGCGAAGCGGGCAGCUGGGCAUGCUCAGUAGCUGGGGGAGGCUUGGGUGGAGAGUAGAAAGCUUUGGCUCAGCCUCCCACCCCCUCCCACCAGCCCCCACCCCACUUGCCCCUACCCAGCCGGUAGUAGUGGCCCGGCGUGCGCCCGGGGAGACCGGGAACAUGGCGCUCCAAGCGAUGUAGCAGCCUAGGAGGAGAAGGGGAUGAGGCUCCGCCGCUGCGCUGACAGCCAGCCACCAGUAGUCUGAAACUGAACGCACCAAGGUCUGAAUAUCUGGAGCUGACUACCUCUCCAAGAAAUACUCUGUGGCAAAAGCCUUCCACCUCUUGCCAAAAUGAACACUGAGGAGAAAUGAAAGGCACUGAAGAACACCAACAAAAAGUUGCAGAACCGAAAUAACCACACUCCUCUGGAGUCGGAUUCCUCCACAGCCAUCCUAAAAAAGGUUUUUGCAUCAUGUUUGGGAAGAAAAAGAAAAAGAUUGAAAUAUCCGGCCCGUCCAACUUUGAACACAGGGUUCAUACGGGGUUUGAUCCACAAGAGCAGAAAUUUACCGGCCUCCCCCAGCAGUGGCACAGCCUAUUAGCAGACACGGCCAACAGGCCGAAGCCCAUGGUGGACCCUUCAUGCAUCACUCCCAUCCAGCUGGCUCCCAUGAAGACCAUCGUUAGAGGAAACAAACCCUGCAAGGAAACGUCCAUCAACGGCCUGCUGGAGGAUUUCGACAACAUCUCCGUGACCCGCUCCAACUCCCUGAGGAAGGAAAGCCCGCCCACCCCGGACCAGGGCGCCUCCAGCCACGGUCCAGGUCACCGGGAAGAAAACGGCUUCAUCACGUUCUCACAGUAUUCCAGCGAAUCUGACAGCACGGCUGACUACGGGCCAGAGAAACACAGAGAAAAGAGUCUCUGCGGAGACGACCUGGACCCGUUCUAUAAGGGCGGCCACGCGGCCAAGCAAAACGGGCACAUGGUGAAAAUGAAACACGGGGACGCCUACUAUUCUGAGAUGAAGCCUUUGAAAUCCGACAUGGCCGGAUUUCCUGUCGACUACCAUGCACACUUGGACUCACUGAGCAAACCCACUGAGUACAGUGACCUCAAGUGGGGGUACCAGAGAGCCUCCAGCAGCUCCCCUCUGGAUUAUCCAUUCCAAUUCGCGCCUUCUAGAACUGCAGGGACCAGCGGGUGCUCCAAGGAGAGCCUGGCGUACAGCGAAAGUGAAUGGGGACCCAGCCUGGAUGACUAUGACAGGAGGCCAAAGUCGUCCUACCUGAGCCAGACCAGCCCCCAGCCGGCCAUGCGGCAGAGGUCACGGUCGGGCUCGGGGCUCCAGGAACCCAUGAUGCCCUUCGGAGCAAGUGCAUUUAAAACCCACCCCCAGGGACACUGGUACAGCUCCUACACCUACCCUCGCUUGUCCGAGCCCACAAUGUGCAUUCCAAAGGUGGACUACGAUCGAGCACAGAUGGUCCUCAGCCCUCCACUGUCAGGUUCUGACACCUAUCCCAGGGGCCCCGCCAAACUACCUCAAAGUCAAAGCAAAGCAGGCUAUUCCUCAAGCAGCCAGUACCCAUCUGGGUACCAUAAAGCCACCCUGUACCACCACCCCUCCUUGCAGACCAGCUCGCAGUACAUCUCCACAGCUUCUUACCUGAGCUCUCUCAGCAUCUCAUCCAGCACCUACCCACCACCCAGCUGGGGCUCCUCCUCAGACCAGCAGCCCUCCAGGGUGUCUCACGAACAGUUCCGGGCUGCCCUGCAGCUGGUGGUCAGUCCAGGAGAUCCCAGGGAAUACUUGGACAACUUUAUCAAAAUCGGGGAAGGGUCCACCGGUAUUGUAUGCAUCGCCACCGAGAAACACACGGGGAAACAAGUCGCGGUGAAGAAAAUGGACCUCCGAAAGCAACAGAGACGAGAGCUGCUUUUUAAUGAGGUUGUGAUAAUGCGGGAUUAUCACCAUGACAACGUGGUCGACAUGUACAACAGCUACCUUGUCAGUGAUGAGCUCUGGGUGGUCAUGGAAUUUCUAGAAGGCGGUGCCUUGACAGACAUCGUUACUCAUACCAGAAUGAAUGAAGAACAGAUAGCUACUGUCUGUCUGUCGGUUCUGAGAGCGCUCUCCUACCUUCAUGACCAAGGAGUGAUUCACAGGGAUAUAAAGAGUGACUCCAUCCUCCUGACAAGUGAUGGCCGGAUAAAGUUGUCUGACUUUGGUUUCUGUGCUCAAGUUUCCAAAGAGGUGCCGAAGAGGAAGUCACUGGUUGGCACACCCUACUGGAUGGCACCUGAGGUGAUUUCUAGGCUGCCUUAUGGGACAGAGGUGGACAUCUGGUCCCUCGGGAUCAUGGUGAUAGAGAUGAUUGAUGGCGAGCCCCCCUACUUCAACGAGCCUCCCCUCCAGGCCAUGCGGCGGAUCCGGGACAGCUUACCUCCGAGAGUGAAGGACCUGCACAAGGUUUCUUCAGUGCUCCGGGGGUUCCUAGACCUGAUGCUGGUGAGGGAACCCUCUCAAAGAGCCACAGCCCAGGAGCUCCUCGGGCAUCCAUUCCUGAAGUUGGCAGGUCCACCAUCUUGCAUUGUUCCCCUCAUGAGACAAUACAGGCAUCACUGAGCAAAGGAUUCACACAGGUGACGAAGCUAGAUGAGGACAUGAGAAUAAUUCAGAGAGCGUGCAAAAGGCCUGUGUAUUCCAGACCAGCUGACCAGUGGGACCGCGUGAUGACCGGCAGGGUUCAGCAGACUAGGGCAUCUUCUUGUGUCUUAAACAGGCAUCUCUCCGCUGACAGCUGGCAUGGUCAUCUGGAACAUGGCUUUAACAAGUCAUUAUUAUAUUUUUUAGCCCUUCAUCCAGCAAAUCAGAAGGACUCAGUACAAACUCCGUUACGAUAUAUCCUAGCCACAUGCAGGGUAACGUGUAGGAUUUUCUAUAUUGAAAGAAUACUUUUCUGGCAAAAAAAAAAAAAAAGAAAG